AUGCAGGAUAGUCACAAGUCGUUCCUUAUUAAAGAUCUGCUCGGCGACGUGCUGAGGCCGGGAGCGGCCGGUGCAAUAAGUCAAACAAAUAUUGAAGAAGAUCAAGAAACGUUACGGUGCAAUUCAGCAGCCAGUCCUAAUGUGGAAACUUCGGAUGCUGAAGAUGAUAUUUCGGUCGGUGACAACAGAAGCGAGACAUCCACGCCUAAAAAGUCAUUCACUUUCCCAGACGAAUACAAAAAGCAAAUAGACGGAGAAGAUGCAGAAAGGUCGUCGCCCUUAGAAUAUAGUUUGAAUAACCAAGCUAAUUAUAGUUCUCCAUUCAAAGAAGAUGAAAAUGAAUAUGACAGUAGGGCGGAAGAACGAAUGAAGUUGUACGAUACUAGUUUGUUUCACUUGUAUCGGCCGGAGCGGGAUGGGAAGAAAGAUGAGGGAACUGAAGGACCUAGUUACGAGCAUAUGACCGGCUUGUCAGACUCUAUCUAUGGAAGGUCUAUGGAUCUGUCGAAGAAUUCGUUCCAAUCGCAACUGCUAGCCGGCUUCGCGUCAGUUAUAGCUGGGAGUACGCAGCGUGAGUCACAGGAAACAAAUGAGCGUCAGUCUGGCAGUCGACCAACAGUGUCAUCGAAUUCGAGUCGCAAGCCGCGCCGGCGUCGCACUGCAUUCACACAUGCUCAGCUGGCUUACUUGGAGCGCAAGUUCCGCUGCCAGAAGUACCUAAGUGUUGCUGAUCGCGGGGACGUGGCUGAGGCGCUCAGUCUCAGCGAGACUCAAGUCAAGACUUGGUACCAAAAUCGAAGAACUAAAUGGAAGCGCCAGAACCAGUUGCGACUGGAGCAGUUACGUGCGCAGGCAGCGAGUGGAGAGCGUGAGCUGUCGGCGCACGCGCUGCCUUUAGCCUGCGCAUUGCUACCACCUUACCCUGCGUACAUGCACUGUCAUCUGUGA